AUGCGACCGGGGCCCAAGAUCCGGGGGCUGCAAAUAAACUCGACGGAAUCAAAAGCCAUCACGGACUCCUCCAACCAAUGGUUUCAAGACCGCCUGACCAAAAAGAAACCAGUGAACGUAUUCUCUGCGCAAGAGACUGAGCCAGUCGUCCCAGGGACCCCGAAGAUUGUCGACUAUGACGGAUCGGCCUUUUCCGUGAGCUCCACAAGGCUGACAAACUCCAAAACCGUCUUGCUACCGGGCGAGUCUCACACAAGCGCCCCGAAGGCCCAACCAGGUACCCACACGGCGGAUGUCCUCGUGGCCGGAGUCGCCUUUUGUAUCGACGGGAAGGUGCCCCCAGGAAUUGAACUCACACCUGGGAGGGACAAGCCAUCAGGCUUUGUGGGCAAGGUCAGUAGGACUAUGCCAUCGGCGGCCACGUUGAAGAGCCGGCUUCCUGGUGGGAGUCGAGGCGGUGGUGCGAGCGCAAGCGGUGGCGGGGCCGCACCCACCUCCUGA